AUAGUAUAGUUGUUAUCAAAAUCGGGAAUUCUGUGUUGUGUACCCGUCCCCGAUGUCCAACUUUACAAGUCGUAACAAGUAACAACUAGUUACUAGUGAGUUCGAGGUACCUAUAAUGCCUUUUGAUCGAAAAUGUAAUUAAAACGAAAUAUAAAAAUAAAAAAAUUGUUACGUUUACCAAUAAAUCAUAAUAUUUCACCUUACCAUGGACUCGAAUUCACAAUCAAGCAGGGUUAUUCGAGAAGAUAAAAUUCGAGUGGAUAAACUGCAUGCUAAAAAAAUUAACGGAGCAACUGAUGAAGAUGACGUUGCCCUAGAUCAUACAUUAACAAUAAAACCACCACAAGCUAGAGUGCACAAGUCGAGGCAUAAAGUAACAAGUCACCACAAACACUCAAAAGAUCCAACAAAAAAACAUCAUUCCAGACAUCUUGAAAAACGAAAGCACAGACAUACUCGAGAGGAAGAAUUUGCCCUGAGAAACAAGAGGUCAAAAAAGGAAGAUGAUUAUUACAAAGUAGAAUCUAGAGGUGAAAAUGGUGAUUGGGAUCGAUAUAAAAAAAGGAGCGGUUAUAGUCACGAUAAACAUUCUAAACAUGAAAAGCCGCACAGAGAUGAAAUGCUUAAGGAAAAUGAUUUGAGAAAUCUUUUACAAAAAAAAAAGAUGGAGAAAGAGGAACGGUAUCGUACAACAGAUUACAAACAUAAAAAAAAAGAACCGGUUGAUAUUGAUUCUAGAGAUUCUAAUGUAAAAUUAAAAAAACGAGAAGAUGAAGAAGAAAGAGAUAGUCGUAGAUCUCACCGAGAAAGAGAUCAGUAUAUUGAACAAUACUACAAAACAUUGGAUAGACCUCAAAUAACAAUGGGACAAGGGCCUGAUAUGGUGCCUGAUUUGGUAGUGUUAUCAAAUGAUUCAUCUUCAUCUGGUUCUGAAAAUGAAAAUGAGGAUCACGAAGAUGAUAAUAAUAAAGUUAAGACUGAAGAAAACUCCCUAACUCCACCACUAAUUCAAGAUAAAUCAGAAGGAGAAGCAUCUGAAGGUUCUGGUCAAGAUUCUGGUGAUGAUACAGACAGUUCUGGUUCAACAAGUUCAUCCUCUAAAAGUUCCCAAUCUAGUGAAAAAUCUGACGAUAAGUCUAGUAGCAGUAACUCAGUGAAAGAAGAAUCAAAAUCACCAGAAGUAGAUACUGAAAUUCAAAUGGAUAUAACAUUAGAAAAAAACUCAUCUCCACCUUUGUUACCCAAAGAAUAUCUACCAGCUCUACAAGGAUGUCGAAGUGUAGAAGAAUUUCAAUGUUUAAAUAGAAUUGAAGAAGGGACAUAUGGCGUGGUUUACCGAGCCAAAGAGAAGCAAACUGAUGAAAUUGUGGCAUUGAAACGUUUGAAAAUGGAAAAAGAAAAAGAAGGAUUUCCUAUCACUUCACUGAGAGAAAUCAGUACACUUUUAAAAUCACAACACCCAAAUAUUGUGACUGUGAGAGAAAUUGUUGUAGGCAGUAAUAUGGAUAAGAUUUUUAUAGUCAUGGAUUAUGUUGAACAUGACAUGAAAUCAUUAAUGGAAACAAUGAGGCAAAAAAAACAAUCAUUUACAGCCGCUGAAGUAAAAUGUUUAAUGCAACAACUUUUAAUGGCUGUUGAACAUUUACAUGAUAACUGGAUAUUACAUAGAGAUUUGAAGACGUCUAAUUUGCUUUUAAGUCAUAAAGGUGUUCUGAAAGUUGGUGAUUUCGGUUUAGCUCGAGAAUAUGGUUCUCCAUUAAAAGCUUAUACGCCAGUUGUUGUCACACUGUGGUAUCGUUCGCCCGAACUUCUGUUGGGUGCUAAGGAAUAUUCGACACCAAUUGAUAUUUGGUCUGUAGGUUGCAUAUUUGCUGAGUUUCUUUUAAUGGAACCACUGUUCACUGGUAAAUCUGAGUAUGACCAGCUGAAAAAAAUUUUUACUACCUUUGGUACACCUAACGAAAAAGUGUGGCCUGGAUAUUCAAGUUUGUCACUGGUUACAAAAGCUUCAAUGCCUGAUUGUCCCCCAGCUAAUUUUAAAGGAAGGUUUACAAAAGAAGGUAUUCUAACAGAUAUUGGCUAUGAUCUACUUAGAAAAAUGCUUACUUAUAACCCGAGUGCUCGUGUCACAGCUGAAGAUGCACUUCAACAAAAAUACUUCUCUGAAUUGCCAUUAGCUGUAGACCCAGCAAUGUUCCCGACAUGGCCAGCCAAGAGUGAAGGGGGUGCAAGAAAAGUAGCAGCAGCCAGUCCAAAACCACCAUCUGGAGGUAGGGAUUACAAACAGCUUAAAGAAGAUGAAGGAUUUCACAUAAAUAAUUUGGCAAGAGCAACUGCAGUGCCAGCUUUUAGUCUUAAAUUUUAA